AUGUUUAAGUUUAGCAACAAGAGAAUGGAAUAUGAAGAAUAAAUGCUUGAAGAAAAUUCAGAUGCUCUGCCUCCAAAUGUUUAGUAUAAGCGAAUUGAUCGAUAUAAUUAUGUACUUUAAAUAAGAGGUGAAAAAGGUAGUGUUCAUGAUGAUGUUAGUUUAAAUGGGUUCCCAGUUGAAGCUCCAUAAGUAAACUUUCGCAAUAGUUUUUAACAUGUGAAUAUUUUUCCAAUGGGUAGGCUUUGCUUGUACUUGGUUAACAAAGAAACAUGGAUUUCUAGCACUAGUUUGAUUGAUGUCUUUUCAGGAAUCAACCAAGUUAUACAUUAUCCUACCUUCAAUGAUCCUGCAAACAGUAUUUACAAAGACCCUGAAGUUUAUGAUAAGGAUAUGAAAGAACAAGCAAAAAAAUUUAGAGAUGAGAAAUAUAAAAUAAUAUGAAAUUAAAUCGUUUUUGAA